CGACUUUUAAUGAUGCAAAAAAUAAAUGAUGGAGAUACUGGGAAAAUUGAAAAAGAGCAAAAUAAAAAUUUGGAUGAACAAGUUGAAGAUUGCGAGACAAUUGGUCCUUUACCUCCAGCUAAAAAGCCUGGUACUGGAUAUGUAAAAUUGACAAAACAAGCAAGUACAUCGCCUAUUGACCAACAUUGUCUUUGGUAUCCAACAGUUAAAAGGACUGUGAUGUGCCUUAGCAAGUUAUAUCGUUGUUUGGAUCCCACUGUCUUUAUGAAUGUUUCUCGUGAAUUACUUGAUUCAUGUUGUCAAUCACUUGAACAUGCUGUGGAACGUAUUAGAGCCUUGCCUAUUGAUUCAGCCCGUUCCACAAUAAAAAAUUCUCCAAAUCGAACAAUUGAUUCAGAAUUAUUUAUAAUUAAACAUUUACUUAUUCUUCGUGAACAAACAAGUCCUUACCGUCAACACCAAAAACAAAAACAACCACCUAUGCAGACAUUAACACGUUCAAAUUCUGUUUUGUCAUCAGGAUCUGGAAUAGGCAUUGGACAAAUAGAAGAAACACAAAUUCACCCACAAUUGGAUUAUCAAUUAGAUUUAAGUAAAUAUACACAAUCGAUGCUACAAUUAUUAAAUCCUGAAAAUCGUGCUAGAUGGUUUGAAUUUGGUACAAACAAUGCACUUUUAUCGCUUCUUUUAUUGACACCUGUCCAUGUUAGCGAAUUACAAACAGAUUCUAGACGCAUCAUCGAGCAACAUUUAAAACGUUGGUGUCAUAUAAUGAUUGUUCACAUUUCUGAUCUUUUAUUGGGCCCUUUAGCCAAUUUUCAAUCAGAAUUAGAUCAAUUUCAAAAUGAGCAAGAACAGCGGGCAAAAAAUGAACUCGCUCCUUUGGAUGUUGCAUCUUCUGAGCGAUAUAACCCUCGGGCUUUGAAUGAUAGAUGUUCACAAGCUUUCAAGCAAUUGAAGCAAAAUUGGCCUCAAGUUCGUGCCGCUUUCGGUCUCUAUAUUGGAAUGCGUGAAACUGAAGAAAUUCUUCUACAACCUAUACGUCGUGCAGUUUGCAAUGCUUUUUCAAGUUUAAAUUCAUUCGCCGAACGUCAUUACGAAGAAGAACAACGUUUAAUAAUUUGUGCACCUGGACAAGAACAAAUUUGGCUUAUUUUAAAUGCAUAA